AUGGCUUUCGCUGGACUUCUACAGGACGCUGACAUCACUGCAGCCCUGCAGGCAUGUCAAGCUGCCGACUCCUUCAAUUACAAAGCCUUCUUUGCCAAGGUUGGUCUGACCGCCAAGUCCGCAGAUGAUGUGAAGAAGGCCUUUGCCAUCAUUGACCAGGACAAGAGCGGCUUCAUUGAGGAGGACGAGCUGAAACUGUUCCUGCAGAACUUCUCUGCUGGUGCUAGAGCACUCACCGACGCAGAGACAAAAGCUUUCUUGAAGGCUGGUGACUCUGAUGGCGAUGGCAAGAUUGGAGUCGAUGAGUUUGCUGCCUUGAUCAAAGGAUAA